AUAUUUCAUGGGCGUCAAUAAGAGGCGGCGGGGACGGCGGCUGUAGCAGCAUUCUUGCCUGCUCUAGCCACAGCUCUCUGCAAGCGUCAGCCUCCCUGCCCUGCCCACCACCAUGGACGUCUUCAAGAAGGGCUUCUCCAUCGCCAAGGAGGGUGUGGUGGGCGCCGUGGAGAAGACCAAGCAGGGGGUGACGGAAGCGGCUGAGAAGACCAAGGAGGGGGUCAUGUAUGUGGGAGCCAAGACCAAGGAGAAUGUUGUGCAGAGCGUGACCUCAGUGGCUGAGAAGACCAAGGAGCAGGCCAACGCUGUGAGUGAGGCCGUGGUCACCAGCAUCAACACGGUGGCCAUCAAGACAGUGGAGGAGGCAGAGAAUAUUGCCAUCACCUCUGGAGUGGUUCGAAAGGAGGACCUGGAGCCUGCCCCCCUGCAGGAGGACAAGGAGGACAAGGCAGCCAGAGCAGAAGAGAAAGUGGCUGAGGAGGCCAAGAGUGGAGGAGACUAG